UUGCUCGAAAGCCAGCUUUUCUUCAUAUCUCAGAUUGUACCAAUUACCGCUGCCUCUUCAGACGCCUCGGGCACACAUUCAAGCAGUCAAACUCAGUUGCCACAUGCUCUCUCGACGCAAUCGUCAGUCCAACUGCAACUGUCCACCUUUGUCGUGUCCGGACGCCGGAGCAUAGCGAUGGCGCACGCCUCCGAAUCCCUCCGCUCGCCGAGCGCCCGAGCAACUGACCGAAUGGCCGAAACCAUCUUGACGCCAGACCAUGAAGGUUGCUUCCCGUCUCUCCACGACUCUGUCCGCAGACAGCAUCACUCUCUCACCUGCCGGCCCGGCUCGAGAAGAGCAGUCAGCAAUGGCAACAGUCCCGGCCAUCUCGCGCUCUACCAACAGCCGCCGUCGCCAGCUGCUACUGUUGCUGAUGAUGCCUCGAGUGAGCUGGACGGCGGUGGGGCGAAGCGGUCCUAG